ACCCGUCAGAGUUGUUUGAGCGGCAGCGUUGGGUAGUUGUCAGGAAAGCGGAACUGGCUAACUAGCUAGCUAGCAGCAGCACUUUAGUGAACGAGUUGCCCUCCGGAUCUCAACACGUUUACGAGACUCUGAACGCAACGGCAACUUUUCAGACAAUGCCGCAGAAUAUUGAGCUCGGUGCCACGGGAGGAGCCUCCAAACAGGACAGCAGCAACAUGGAAGACAUGAGCGUGGAACAGAUGACAAUGAGGGCCAACCAAGUGACUGAUGAGUCACUGGAAAGCACACGGAGGAUGCUACAGAUGGCACAGGAGAGCAAAGAGACUGGCGUUAACACCAUGGUGAUGCUGGACCAGCAAGGAGAGCAGCUGAGGCGUGUGGAGGAGGGCAUGGAUCAGAUCAACCAGGACAUGAGAACGGCCGAGAAAAAUCUGACUGACCUCUCCAAGUGCUGCGGCCUCUGCGUCUGCCCCUGUGAUAGGGUGACUUCAAUCGAGCAUGACUCAAAAUACAAGCGUACCUGGGGUCUUGGAGGAGGCGAAGGCGACGUCGACGCCAGUGGCGCAAAAGUAGUCUCAAGCCAGCCCGCAGGCGUCCGCAACGGCCAGGCUGCCCAGGCAAACGCCUCGGCCCAAUCAGGCCCGUACAUCAAGAGGAUAACAAAUGAUGCACGUGAGGAUGAAAUGGAGGAGAAUCUGGAUGCAGUCGGCAGCAUCAUCAGCAACCUGAGAGGUAUGGCUUUGGACAUGGGCAAUGAGAUCGACUCGCAGAACAAACAGAUCGACCGCAUCACUGACAAGGCGGACAUGAACAAAGUGCGCAUUGAUGAAGCGAACCAGAGAGCCAACAAGCUCCUCAAAUAGACGAGGAAUUCUGCUUCUGCCAGUUUUAUCUAUCAACCUUGAGCCUCCUUCGCUACACACAUGCACACACACACUAUAUCCUUGCGGGCAUGCACAUACACACACACACACACUUUGACAAAAUGAAAAUAAAAUUCUAUCAGGAAGCCGUUCUGCCAGUAAUGUGCCUGCCUUGACUACACUGAGAUGUAGAUGGAGUACACAAACAUUUACAUGUUUUUUUAAAAAUUGUCCGCCACCUUUGACACACAUGGUUAUGCUGGACUGUGAGAAGCAGUGUGGGUAUCAGAAACUGCUCCGUAGAGGAAGUGACUGACUCCAUAUUACUGCUGUUUUUAUACCAAAUACGCACCAGGCCUGUUGCAUCUUGUCAUACGACAUUCAAAGGGAGGGAAGUAGCACAGAUCAUCUGCUCUUUGUACUUGUUUUUCUUCCUCUGAUUUGCCUUUCUCUUAAAGUCAUGAACUAUGAACUCUUGGUGUGUGUGGGUGUGUGUGUGUGGGUCUCUGGUAUGUAUGGAUGAGGUCACUGAUCCAUACUCGUAAAGCUUCGUUGUUGAUACGUGUAUUACUGAAAAUCCGAAAAAUCGACCUUGUCCUCAAACACAUCUUACUAAAAUCCUUCAAAGGUCAUCGUGUCAUUAACUUUAUUGUAUCUUGUGUAAUAUUUUGAGAUUAUGUGCUUAUUUAAUUAUGCAUUUAGCAGAAAUGGCUUGUGAAUAAAGUUGUCUGGUUUUUUUUUUAAACACUUUGUUCCCAUGUCAUUUUUGCUAUUUCUGAUGUAAAAGCUAAUUUAAAAAAAAAAAAAAAAAAAUGCUUUGGAGAGAGUCAUGGCAGAUCUGUUUAUGCUGGAAUUCAAAGCACCAAUCCCCCUGAAUGAAAGCUAUUUUAAUGUUAAAUUUUAAAACAUUUCUGACUGAUUGGAAGACAAGGUUGUGCUUGACAGAGGGCGCUGACCUGGUGUUAGAAACAUAACAGCAAUCGUUUGUCCUUCAGAUGUGAAGGAACAUCUGUGAGGCUCAUGAGGAAUGUUUAUUGUAACGGCCUCUGAAGCAUCUAUUUAACUAAUGACACUGAAUACGGGAAACUAACGGCGGUAGAUCAACAGCUGUACAUCACACUUAGUGUUCCUUGAGGUUAUUCGUUCUGACCGCAGUGUUGCUGUAAAUACUGAGACAUACUGUAGCUGUUUAUUAAUUGCCUAUAGCCAUCCUGUUAAUCUAAUUUCAUUCUUCGUUCCUCGUUACCUCCUGGUUAAUAGAGAUUUAUAGCUCCCGAGAGGAGACUUAACAGCCAAUGCAGAGCUUCCUACACAAGGUAAUAUGCGGAAAAUUGAUUUCCUCAAGUUUGAUAAUUGUCUGUAAACAUAUGAAAACAAAUGUCCCGUCCUGAAAUACAAAUGAACAUUGUCUAAUUCUGAAUAAUUUCUCAGCAGUUAUGUGCUGAUUUAGCAUCGCUGGGUCAUUGUCAUUAUGGCAUAUGCAGCAGUUUUUUUUUUUGUUUUUUUUUUUUUUGUGAAAAAUGAAACUGAUUGCAGGGACCUUGGUAAUGCCUCGUCGAUGAUCUGUGGUUGUGUUGUAACAGCCGUUGCAUCGCAGAAGGCUCCUCUCGCAUCUGUUCUGCAAAUAGUCAAGUUUUCAGCUACAGUAAAAUGAUAACAUCUGAUGAUGGAAAGCGUAAUUUGAAUUUGUUUUUUUUGUUUUUUUUCCGAGAUUUGGCCAGGCUGAGAAAUUAUUGCUGGCAGCAAGAUGCACAAGUAUACAUGUAAAUGAAAGUUGUUAAAGGGGGUAAGUGUGGAAGCAGAAUACGUUCUGGCAGGUUUUGUUAAGGUCUCGCUGAGGAAAAUUGGCUAACGAUAAAGUAAUGCAGUGUACUGAAAAUAUCUCUGGUAUCUGCGUCUUCUGGCUUAUUUGUUUUGAAGAGAAAUGAUAAUUUGUAUGCUCUGCUGCAGGCACAUACCUAUUGAGUUUGCAAAGAUUGAAAUGAACUGUUAUUCAGGGCUUUGUAUUGCUAUAAGUGAUCAACCUCAGCCUGUUACUUAUGAGCUGAGAUCUAAUUAGCCUAAAGCUUGCCUUACUGUCUCGAGGCUGUUUGUUCAUUGUUUUGCCAACAGCCACUGGAAUGUAAAUACAACACUUUUGUCUAUUUUGAAUAUGUUCAUAUGCAGCUCGUCUUAUCUGAAAUUAGCUCGUUUGACGGAUGACUGUUGAAAGUGAAAAUGCCUUUUGUUUCAUGCCUGCCUUUGUUCAAUUGUUUGCACUCAAUAAAUCUCCUCUGAAAUUCA